AACCUGCACAUGAAGCACUUCGUUAAGGAGCUCGGCCUCGACGUUGCUCCAGGCUACAACAGCCUGUUGGGUAUUUAUAAUGGAGAGGAGUUUGUGUUUGAGGAGAGCAGCUGGUAUAUAAUCAACAUCCUCAAACUUCUUUGGCACUACGGCCUCAACCCCCUGCGCAUGAACAUGUGGGUUGAGGACAUCUUGGACAAGUUUAUGCGAAUCUAUCGCUACCAGACGCACGACUAUACCUUCAGCAGUAACGAGCGCUUACUUCAUGCCCUUGGAGGGAAUGACUUUGCCCAAAUGCUGAACCAAACCCUUGAUGAAUCCAUGCAGAAAGCUGGCUUCUCCCAUAAGUUCAUAAAUGAAGUGAUUUCUGUGGCACAUGUCACGUUGAAUGGUCUUGCUUUCCUCAUAGGUGCUGUUUCGCUGGCGGGGGCAGAAUCUGGCCUUUGGGCUGUCAAGGGAGGAAAUAAACUUGUCUGCAAUGGCCUUAUCUAUGCUGCCAAAGCACAGCUUAUUUCUGGCACAGUUCUGUCCAUAGAGCCAAAACAAAGACCUGAUCCUGCAGGGGGCACACGGAAUCUGUACUACGUCACUUACAACUCUACAUCGGGACAGUCAGCAGAAAUGUAUGAUAUUGUUGUCAUUGCAACCCCACUAAACCACAAAAUGUCCAACAUCACCUUUAGGAACUUCAACCCUCCUAUCCCAGAGUUUCCACAUCCUUACCACCAGACUAUAGCGACAUUCGUGCAUGGGCGCUUAAAUGCUUCCUUCUUUGGCUACCAUGACCCCUCUACCUUUCAUUUGAGUGAUAUCUUCACUACAGAGAACCCCAAACUGUUCAUCAACAGCCUGGGGGUGGUAUCUCCUGUUGAAGGGAGACCCAGCGAAGAAAAGCUGCCCUUGCAAUCAGCUGUCUGGAAGGUAUUUUCAAAGGAACCACUCACCAAGGAGCAGCUUAACUUGCUUUUCUCUUCCUAUGACUCUGUGAAAGAGAAGAAGUGGCUGGCAUACCCCCACUACAGCCCCCCUGAAAAAUGCCCACCCGUGAUCCUCCACGACAGGAUAUACUACCUCAACGGCAUCGAGUGCGCUGCCAGUGCCAUGGAGAUGAGUGCCAUAGCAGCCAAAAACGCAGCGCUGCUUGCUUACCACCAGUGGUAUGGGAACACGGACAAGAUCGACCAGGAAGACUUGCAUGAGAAGCUGAAGACAGAGCUCUGA